CUGAACCCCGCGCGCCACUAGCUUGCUGAGAGGGAGGGAAGUCAGCGAGUUCCGGAACCCUGCCUAACCGGGCCCAACCUUUGCUCCAGAGAUCAUGGCUGCCGAGGAGGUGGUAGCGACGGGCGCCGACCUGAGCGAGCUGGAGGGCGGCGGGCUGCUGCACGAGAUUUUCACGUCGCCGCUCAACCUGCUGCUGCUUGGCCUCUGCAUCUUCCUGCUCUAUAAGAUCGUGCGCGGGGACCAGCCCGGGGCCAGCAGCGACAGCGACGACGAAGAGCCGCCGCCGCUGCCCCGCCUCAAACGGCGCGACUUCACCCCUGCCGAGCUGCGGCGUUUCGACGGCGUCCAGGACCCGCGCAUACUCAUGGCCAUCAACGGCAAGGUGUUCGACGUGACCAAGGGCCGCAAGUUCUAUGGACCCGAGGGACCAUACGGGGUCUUCGCUGGAAGAGAUGCCUCCAGGGGCCUUGCCACAUUUUGCCUGGAUAAGGAAGCCCUGAAGGAUGAGUAUGAUGACCUCUCUGACCUCACUCCUGCCCAGCGGGAGACCCUGAGUGACUGGGACUCUCAGUUCACUUUCAAGUAUCACCUCGUGGGCAAGCUGCUGAAGGAAGGGGAGGAGCCCACUGUGUACUCAGAUGAGGACGAACCAAAGGAUGGAAAUGCUCGGAAAAAUGAUUAAGGCACUCGGUGGAAGCAUAUCUAUUUUUGUAUUUUGCAGAAUCAUUUGUAACAUUACAGUCUGUCUUUACAACAUGGUGAUUUCGAUAUUUAGAAAAGUUUGGAACUUGCUGUACAUUUUUUAAUUAACAUCGCUAGUGACACUGAUGAAAUUAACUUCUGUCUUAGGAUGCAUGGGGUGUUUAUGUGUCACAAAUCCAGAAAGUGAACCGCAGUGCUGCAAUGCAAACAUAAAUGGAGUUUCUCUUCUAUCUGUAGUUAGUACAGGCUGAAUUUUAAGACCGUUUUUCGUGAGGAACAGUUAAGGCUGGGGUUCUUCCCCAAACAGGUGAAAAAUGUUUGAUGUGCACUAAGAACAAAGGAUCAGUGUUUAGUCAUGAUGUUCUCUAAAGAUAGAAAAUCCCUCUGUUCUCAAUUGACUUAACUGCAUGAUUUCUGUUUUAUCUACCUCUAAAGCGAAUCUGCAGUGUUCCAAAGGCUUUGGGAUUGAUUGAAAAGAGCUGCCCAUAACAAAAUGAAAUCUCACAGCUGGGCUCAGUUGGAAAAAAACAUAUAUGCUGUGCUUUGGGACUGCAUUGUGGUCUCUGCCCUCACGUGGACCCACAGACGCUCUCACAAGCACAGUAAUCUGCAGUUCGGAUUACAACAGGAUCUGAACAUUUAAAAGAAAGCUUUGGAAAAAAAAAACCUAAGCUGGCUUGCCUAUAAAACCUAAAUAUAUGAAGACCAUUAUGGGACUAUAGUCCCAAUCCUUGUGUUCACGGUGGAGCCAUGAUUAUUUGGUUUUUCAACACAAUUUGACCUGAGAGAAGGGCGUACUGAAUGGGAGUUUGUCCUAAGAGCCUCCAUGCACACCUCUGAAAAAUGAGGAAACAGUACAUGUCACUAGCCAAGUGGUCCUUAAAGUGUAUUCAUAAGGUGACAGUCAUUAUGUUGUUCCAAAAGUGUAGUCACUGCGAAAGUAGUAGUCAGGUGUGUCUAGGCCUGUGAUAGCCCUCCUUUGGUUAACACUAAACUUAGCUUAAGUAGACUCUACAGUUGUAUGAAUUUGUAAAAUUGUACUAUGAGCAACUAGUGAGGUUUCAGACUUAUGUAAUUGUAGUUAAAUAGUCCUUGUAUUUUCUUGUGAACUGUGUUUAAUGGUUUUACCUCAAAUCAAAACAAGAUGAAGUGCUUUGUUCAGUUAAUAAAAUGAUUUUACCCAA